AUGAUACGGGCUCUUGAGUUCUACUCCGGCAUUGGCGGGUUGCACUUGGCACUCGCGCGUAGUCGCGUCGAUGCAGCAGUCAUCCGCGCCUAUGACUGGGACCCCCUUGCUUGCUCGGUAUACUCGGCAAACCAUGGCCCGAACAUCGCGUACAAGACAGACAUCGCGAACAUGAAAGCUGAAGAUAUUCCUGACGCCGACCUAUGGCUGUGCUCGCCUGCGUGUCAGCCAUAUACUGUGCUCAAUCCAGACGCUAAGGGUGAUCGCGACCCUCGCGCUGUCUCCUUUCUACAUCUCAUCACCUCGGUGCUACCCGACCUCGCGCGUGCGAAUCGGGCUCCGGAACAACUCCUCGUUGAGAAUGUUGCUGGCUUUGAGGCAUCGACGACUCGUACACUUCUACGUGAUACCUUGAUCGGGCUUGGAUACCACACGUUUGAACUUCUGCUUACUCCGCUACAAUUCGGCAUCCCCAACUCGCGUCUACGGUAUUACAUGAUUGCUAGAAGAUUGCCGUUCAUGGCUUCGUCCACUCCCACAAUCCACCGGCACGUACCAGGCCGGGGCGAACCAUGGGUUGACCCUCGUCACGACAACGAGGAGCAGGCGCAAACUCCUGUCGAUGAGAUAUCGAUGUACUUGGAUAUGCCAAGUACCUCUCAUGAUCAAGGCUCCAAAAGACACGAAUACGCCAUACCGGAUCGGGUACUUGAGAAGUGGGGGCGGCUUUUCGACAUCGUAAUGCCCUCUGCACGACGCACAUGCUGCUUCACGCGUGGAUACACUCAGCUCGUCGAGCGUGCUGGAUCAAUCCUACAGGAGAACAUCGAACUUGACACUACGGAGAUCUUUGAUGCCUUUCUUGCAGCCCAAUCUCGCGGGGAUCCGAAGGCUGUUGAGAUGCUUCAUCCGUUGCACCUGCGCUACUUUACCCCGAGCGAACUGCUGCGGUUAUUCGCGUUCAUGCCGCCGCAAGAUUUGAGCGAGGACAAAGCUGGCGGCGAUCAGGCCUGGGUAUGGCCGCCCGGGGUAUCACGCAAAGUGCAGUACAGGCUGAUGGGAAAUAGCGUCAAUGUUCAGGUUGUACAAGCACUUAUUGAGUUUUUGUUUGAGCGCUAG